UUUUGCGCAUGUGUGGACCGUUUCAAAUCGCGGAGUUUCUUGGGCGCGGUGCCUGUGAAGGGCCGAGCCAAUGGCUGAGGACCGUCGGUAGCGCGCCUAGUGGCUCGCAGGUCCCUCGAUUUUGCCGUCUCCCUCCUCAGGAAAGCUCCUGGGGAGCAGUAUAACCGCUCCUCCCGCGACUCUUGUCAGUGCUAGGCUUCUUCGAGUUACCCCCCGCGAGGACUUCUGUGCCAGACUCCCGGGGCCGGGUCGGAACAUGGCUACGUCGGGUCUGGAUCAUCUCAAAAAUGACUACAGAAGAAGAUUUUGCCGACCUUCCAGAGCACCUGACAUUAAUACGAAGCAAGGCCAGAACAUACUGGAAAUCUUACAAGACUGUUUUGAAGAAAAUAGUCUUGCCAAUGAUUUUAGCACAAAUUCUACAAAAUCAUUGCUUUAUUCAACACCUAAAAUAGGAGACAUUUGUAUUCAGUCACCAAGCAAAGAGGCUCAGUGCCAGAAAUCUCAUCCGAAGUCAGUUCCAGUUUCUUUAAGGAAGAAAGAAGCCUCUCUGCAGUUCAUUGUAGAACCAAGUGAAGUUGUCAACAGCUCAGUUCAGGGCCAUGAAGUUCAUCAGCAAAUUUUGGCAACUGAUGUUGGUUCUAAAAAUACACCUGACUUGAGAAGAAUGUCAAGUAAAAAAAGAAAAGAUCAUCACAGUGAAGCCCAUGAGGAAUUAUACUUAUCUGUUGGCUCACCUUUUGUUCUUUUGGAUGCAAAAGCUUGUAUAUCACAAAAUGCAAUUCCAUCUAUUGCCCAAAAAAAAGAGACCUACACUUCUGAAAAUUCAGUAAAUACAUUGUCUUCAAGUACAGAGAUUUCUUUUAAAACCAGAAAAAGGUUAAAUUUUGAAGAUAAAAAUGCGUUGAAGAAAGUAGAAAUAGUAAAUAAAGUAUCAGAAAUAGAGGAUAAAAUAUCAGAAGAACAAGAGAGGAAAUCGUCAAGAACAUCUGAGAAAAGAGUACCAGAUUCAGAAGAUGAAAUUCAGCCACAAGCUAAAAAGAGUUUUUCAACAUUAUUUUUAGAAACUGUAAAAAGAAAAAGUGAAUCCAGUCCUAUUGUUAGGCAUAUAGUGACUGCUCCACUUCAUUCAUCUCCUUCAAAUGACCUAAAGUUGUUAGAGGAUGAAUUUAUAAUUGAUGAAUCAGAGAGAAGUUUUGCCAGUCGAUCUUGGAUUACUGUACCCAGAAAGGCUGGGCCUCUGAAACAAUGCACAGUAUACCCUGCAGAGAGCUCUGCACUCCUUCAAAGUAAGAAGUCAAGAGAAAAACAUCACAAUGUAUCACCUACAACUUUGACAAGUGGCAAAUAUUCUGACACAGCUUACCCAGUAGAGAAAUCUCAGCCCUCUGAACAAAAAAGACUGGGUAGGAGUUGUGCUUUGACAGAUGAACUGGAAAAUCGUGAUAGAUCUACAAAAUAUGAAACGAAUUAUGAGAAUGCAGAGAAAUCAUCUGGAGAGAAAAGGACUAUAAAACAAAAACAGAGAAGAAAAUUUAAGGACAAUGUACUUGAAGAACAGAUCGAUAUGGAACAAUCUAAAAAUAAAAAUAUAAAUAUGUCACAUAUCACCCAAGGAAACAAGAAAAAUAGCACUAAUGGUCUUUAUACAGAGAAUCAGAAAAAAGAUAAGGAAUAUAAAAAGAAGCAUUUUCCCAGUGGGUCCAAGAAGAAUAAACUUGUACCUGAUGAAGUGACUUCAACUAUUACAAGAAGUCGAAGAAUUUCCAGGCGUCCGUCUAAUUGGUGGGUGGUAAAGUCAGAACAGAGUCUUAUUUAUAGCAAUUCUUCAAGAAGAAAUGAAUUGUCAGUGUGUCACAACAGUAGACGAAAACCUGCUGAAAAAUCAAAUCAAUCAUCUAAGAAUAUUGAGGAAAAAACUAUUCCAUUUAAAGGGCAGAGGAGAACUACUUCAGGCAGCUCAAGAGCACAGGAGUUUUUAAAUGCUAAAGAUUCUGGAAGAAUUAUUGACCGUGAUGAAAUUUCUGGGUGUUUCCAGAAUGAGUCAUUGGAAAAUAAUGAGGAAAACCUGGCUAAGAAGAAAAAUCUUGAUCAUUCUGGAGGUACAGGAAGCACAAAAGAUCAAGAUAAUAUGACUGGACAGGAUGUUCAUCUGAAGUCUCAGAUCAAGAGAUUUACAUGCAAGACACCAGCAGAAUCUAACUUGGCUUCUGAAGAGCCUAAGACUUCAGUUUUGGAAGGAAGUGGACCUUUCAGGUUGAAGAAUUAUUUAAAGCCUGAAAAGAAUAAUUCUAAUGUGGAUGACAAGGAAUUUCAGGAAAGUUCAAGUGACUCAAGAGUAAAAGUAUCUACAGUAAUACCAGAGAAUAAAAUACAUCACAAGUUAGUAUUGCCUUCCAACACACCAAAUGUUCGCAGGACCAAGAGAACACGAUUGAAACCUUUGGAAUAUUGGCGGGGAGAGCGAGUAGAUUAUCAUGGAAGGCCAUCAGGAGGAUUUGUGAUUGGUGGAAUACUGUCCCCAGACACAGUAUCAUCUAAAAAGAAGUCAAAAGGAAACAUUGGAACAGUCAGCAAAAUGGUUAAUAGGAAAAGGAUCUGUCUUGAUAAUGAGGAGAGAAAGAAUAAAUUCUUGGUAAAUCUGAGUAUACCUCUGGGAGAUCCAUUGCAGCCAACAAGGGUAAAGGACCCAGAAACAAGAGAGAUUAUUUCCAUGGAUCUUUUAAGGCCACGAGAUACAUAUCAAUUUUUUGUUGAGCAUGGUGAUUUGAAAGUGUAUAAAACACUGGAUACACCUAUUUUUUCUACUGGAAAAUUGAUAUUAGGACCACAUCAAGAAAAGGGAAAGCAGCAUGUUGGCUCAGAUAUAUUGGUUUUUUAUGUUAACUUUGGUGACCUUUUAUGUACCUUACAUGAAACACCUUAUAUAAUAACAACUGGGGAUUCGUUCUAUGUUCCUUCAGGUAAUUAUUACAACAUCAAAAAUCUCCUGAAUGAGGAAAGUGUUCUUCUUUUUACUCAGAUAAAAAGAUGAAAGAUGAAGCAAAGUUUAAAUAUGUGUGUGUGUGUAUAUAUGUGCCCACAUACAUAUAUACACAUACACACACACAUAUAUAUAUAUAUAUAGAACAGCUUGUGCAGUUGAGACAUUAUCUUUAUAAUUAUUUGUGAUAUUUUAAAAUAAAAAUUUUAUUCAGUUUUGUGUGUUCUUUUAUCUGACAAACAUUUCAAACUCCCAUGUGUUCUGAUUUUUCUCCAAAUGUUCACAUAGUCUGUAAUGAUGCCCAUAUUCAUUGUAUUUUAAUAACAUGAAAAGAAUCACUGCUCUCUUAGUGAAAUGUAGGACAUUUCUUUUUUUAGAAGAUAUUUGAUUAAUAUGUUCGUUCAUUGAAUAAUCUUUUCCAAAUGUUUUAAGUCACUAACAAAAUAAUCGAAUAAUAGAGAAUUGUGGUACAUAUAAAUAGUGUAUCUGUAUUACUUUCUUAGGGCUUUGUAACAAAAUAGUACGUACUGGUGGCUUAAAAACAAAAAUUUAUUGUUUCACAGUUCUGAAAUCAAAAUGUCGGCAGGACCAUGUUCUCUCUGAAACCUUUAGGUUUCACACUAAUGCUUCUGCUUAGCGCUCAUCUUUUUAUUAGAAGGAGAGUCAGUGUGAAAGAUCAUUAAAAAAUAACUCAGGCUUUCUUCUUAAUGUUACCAGAUGCACUAAAAAUAUGUUGAUUUAGGAGAGAAAAUGGCUAAAUGUCAUAAACAAAUUGCUAGCAUCUAUUCCUGAAGUCAUUUUAAUAAGUAUUUUCAUAUUAAUCCGAAAAUCUUAGUUUCAUUUGUCAUUGUAAUUCAACAAUAUGUGUUAACUGUUGCUUUUAUUAAAAAAAAAA